GCUUAACAACACACUCUCUGCCUUAGUCCCACCAGCAUCGGCCUACCGUCCUCGUCUCCUGAGUUCGUCACACGACAGCAACAAUGGCCUUCGUCCUGCGCGCCGCUGCUGGCCAGCCCAACUUCCGCCCCCGCGUGGAGGCCCGCCGUGCUGACACCCGCGCUCGCGCUGCCUCGUCGGCUACCGGCCCCACCUCCACUGGGCAAUCCCCCGCCCCUGGCACCCCCUCCGCCAGCGGCUUCCCCAUCUGGUGCGUGCCCCUCCUACUCGUCUCUGCUGCCAUGCCCGUCUACGGCUACAAGAAGCAGCUGAAGCUCAUUGACGAGGCUCGUGCCAGGCAGCGCGCCUCCAAGGUCGUGGCCGCUGCCACCGCCCCCGCCACCAAGAAGUAAAUGCUCGCGCCAUCAAUGGAGGUUCAAUGCGUGGAGGCCGAUGGAAAGAAAGUGACCCGUCUUGACUACAAAGACCGCCUGCGCAGGCGCGGGCCUGACGCCGUGACUUCGCAACUGGCUGACGUUUCCUGUCUAUAUGAUGAUUGAGUGGUUGGUGGUUCUGGUGAACCGAAGUACUCCUUGCGUGCAUGGGUGUGGCGGAUCUGUCGCAUAGAUGGCUGUCCAUACCGUGUAGACUGCUGUGUACGGGCGUAUAUUGCGUCCUCGUGCGCGCGUUUGGGCGUAAUAAGAUACUGUCACUGCGUUGCAGUGUGAAGGUGGGCAGGGUGAUGCCGCCACGUGAAGGCAAACGCAUAGCGCGACAGCGGUGCAUACAACGAGCACGAGUACCCACAGAUAUGUACACUAGUGCGUUGUUGCCUUGAAGAUGCCGUGGCUUGAUGACAUCACGAGCUAGUAGAGACCGGCAAAGAAACAUGUGUUGUGACUGGAUGUUGCUCAGGUCCUGGGCCGUCCGGUCCAAGGUGCAUUCCUUGCCAUGUAACACCAGUCAGAGCA